CCGUAGUCCGUACUGCGCAGAUUUCAGACGGCGACUUCAGACUUCAGACGACUGUGCUUGGGUGCCAGCGUCAAUGACGCACGUAUCCGCAGGAAUGGUAAGUUCACUAGCUAGCCAUUAUUAAUGGAAUCAUAGAUGGAUGUCCCAACAGCGAGCCCCUCGCCUAGACCAGAUCACAAUCGGUCCUUCCAGGGCGUCAAGAUGCAUCGAUCUCGGCAGCCCACGUCCCCCGCACUGGCACUGCGGCACCCGGAUCAUGGCGGUUUGUGGGGUCCCCGGCCCCUAGAACGAGAAUGGAAGCUCGCGCCGGCCGAGCAGGGCUGAGGCCAAGCACCCAUCCAACCCUCCAUG